GAGAAAAAACAUUCCUUAUUGCCAUUUUGACAGGCACUUCUUACAAAGAAGAUAUACUUUACUUUUCUUUCUUUCCCAAAUUCAAAGAUCCCCAAAAACCCAAAACCAACAAACAAAACAAUGCAAUCACCACCACCAAAAUCCUUUCUCCCCUUUUCAUAUUCCUCUCACUCUUCUUCUUCUUCUUCUUCCUCUUCUCCUCUCUCUUUUCUUCCUAAUCCCAUUUUCCCCAUUAAUCUCCAUUUAUAAUCCUUCCCCUUUUCUUCAAUUUCUCUCUCCUCCCCUUCAAUGGCGACCCAUCAAACCUAAAACACCCCAUUUCAAAUUCAGCCCUUUUCCUUUGUUCUUUUGAUCCAAUUCUUACAAUCAAAUGGGAGCGUCGCUCUCGAAUUCAGCCGAGGGCGGCGCUAAUGGCGGAGAAUAUGGCCCUGGCCUUGGUGACAUACCGGAGGCCUGUAUAGCUUGUGUAUUCAUGUAUCUUACUCCGCUGGAAAUUUGUAACCUUGCUCGCCUUAAUCGUGCCUUUCGUGGGGCUGCUUCGUCUGAUAAUGUUUGGGAAUCGAAGCUUCCCCCUAAUUAUCAAGAUCUGCUUGCUCUUCUCCUGCCUCUUGAUCGUUACCAGGAUCUUCCUAAAAAAGACAUUUUUGCCCUUUUUGCAAGAUCUACCCCUUUUGAUGACAACACCAAGCAAGCGUGGGUGGAUAAAGUGACAGGGAGGGUGUGCUUAUCUAUAUCGACGAGAUCAAUGUCGAUAACUGGGAUUGAAGAUAGGAGGUAUUGGAGUUGGAUUCCUACUGAAGAAUCCAGGUUCCAGGUGAUAGCUUAUCUUCAGCAAAUAUGGUGGUUUGAAGUUGAUGGUGCUGUACAAUUCCCUUUACCUCCUGAUAUCUACACUCUUUCCUUCAGGUUACAUUUGGGGAAGUUUUCAAAGAGACUAGGACGUCGCACAUCUAACUUUGAACACACACAUGGUUGGGAUAUAAAGCCAGUCCGAUUUGAGCUUACCACUUCGGAUAAUCAGCAUGCUACUUCUGAGUGUUAUUUGGAUGAUUCAGAAUCGGAUGAGAUGAAGGAAAGCCUGAAGCGUGGGUGUUGGAUAGAGUACAAAGUUGGUGAAUUUAUUGUCACAGAUACAGAUCCUGUACCUGAAGUCAGGUUCUCCAUGAAGCAGAUUGAUUGCACGCAUUCCAAAGGUGGUCUUUGUGUAGAUUCAGUAUCUAUCAUUCCUAGUGAUUUAAGAGAGAGAAGAAGAUUGCUUUCAAAUUAGCUAUAUCAAACAAAUCACCAUGCCUAUUAUAAAGUUAGCUGUCUGGAACUUGGUAUCUAUCAUGCUCUGCUUACCUUAUAAUAAUUUUGCUGCAUGAGGAAUAUCGUAUUUAUAUGGUUCUGUAAUCUUCACUGAAAUAGGUCGCCUUAUUUUGCUUUAUUUUACACACAAAUUUACAGAGGAAGAAUGUAGGAAUAUAUACUGCUUUUGUUUGCUCAAAUGCUUGAUGAGCUUGUGAUAAACUGGGGUUUGCUCUGAUGUGCAUUUUGAGCAUGUAAAUUAUUUGUUGCAUUUUUUAUCACCACAUUCGUUAUACCGAUGUCUUGAAAGGAUUGUAACUUUGCAAAGUAUCUUAGCUGACCAUCAUUUAUUUGGUUUACUUCUAUAA